GCCCCCUGCGGCCACUAUGCGAGGCGGCGUCGUCGUCCCCUGUCGGUGGAAGCGUUCUGACGCCCGCCCGCUUCCUUACUAGGCCGCGCCGCUGGAUCACCUUAAUCGACGGUCGGUAGGGACCCCAUCGCCGCGCUCUACCCCUCGCCGCCCCUCCUCUCGACACCGACCCCUGCCCACCCGUCCCACCCUGCGCAGCAUGCAGCCCCUGGGCCUCGAGGGUACCCCCGCGCUCGGCGAGCGACUUCUGCUGGGUCUCCUGCUCCUGCUAUCUCUGCUGCAGUGGCGGGUAACCCACGCCCAGACCACACCGGGAACCCCCGGAGCUCCAACCACACCAGAAGCCCCCAGCUCCUGGGCCAUGCCGGCCACCGCCAGCUCCCCGACCCCGGCGGUCACCCCCAGCUCCCGGACCACGCCGGCCACCUCCAGCACUCCAAGAAUGCGGGAACGCGCCCGGGCCCUGAUGCGGGUCUUCCCUCUGGUGGACGGCCACAACCAUUUGCCCCAGCUCCUGAGACAGCUUUUCCAGAAUAGACUACAAGAUGUUAACCUGCGAAAUUUCAGUCGUGGCCAGACCAGCUUGGACAAGCUUAAGGAAGGCCUCGUGGGUGCCCAGUUCUGGUCAGCCUACGCCCCCUGCCAGACCCAGGACCAGGAUGCCCUGCGCCUCACCCUGGAGCAGAUUGACCUCAUUCGUCGCCUGUGCGCCUCCUACUCUGAACUGGAACUAGUGACGUCAGCCGAAGGUCUGAACAGCCCUGGAAAGCUGGCCUGCCUCAUUGGUGUGGAGGGCGGUCACUCACUGGACAGCAGCCUGUCGGUGUUGCGUGCUUUCUACCUGUUGGGAGUGCGCUACCUGGCACUCACCUUCACCUGCAGCACGCCCUGGGCAGAAAGUUCCACCAAGUUUAAACACCACUUCUACACCAACGUCAGUGGGUUGACAAGCUUUGGUGAGAAGGUGAUAGGGGAAAUGAACCGCCUGGGCAUGAUGGUGGACUUGUCCUAUGCAUCAGACACUUUGGUACGACAAGCCCUGAAGGUGUCGAAGGCUCCCGUGAUCUUCUCCCACUCAGCUGCCAAGGCCGUGUGCAACAGUGUGCUGAAUGUUCCCGAUGACAUCCUGCAACUUCUGAAGAAGAAUGGUGGCAUUGUGAUGGUGACGCUGUCCAUGGGGGUGCUUCAGUGUAACCCGUUUGCUAAUGUGUCCACUGUGGCAGAUCACUUUGACCACAUCAGAGCAGUCAUUGGAUCAGAGUUCAUCGGGAUUGGUGGAAAUUAUGAUGGGUCUGGUCGGUUCCCUCGGGGGCUGGAGGACGUGUCUACAUACCCAGUAUUAAUAGAGGAGUUGCUGAUUCGCGGCUGGAGUGAGGAAGAGCUUCAGGGUGUCCUUCGUGGAAACCUGCUGCGGGUCUUCAGACAGGUAGAAAAGGUCAGAGAAGAGAACAGUGGGCAGAACCCUGUGGACGAUGAGUUUCCAGAUAGGCAAGUGGUCAGGUCUUGCCACUCCCACCUCCUGUCUCAGCCUCAGAGUGAACACGUGGCCACACGCCUGGAGGUGACCAAGUGGCCAACCAGUCAGGUCCUCCAGAGGCCCUCAAAAGCCUCCCCAUACUUUGUUCUAGGUCCCGUGGCUGCUGCCACAUUCUCAGCCCUCACCCUGUAUCUCUGGUGACCUGGCCAUUCCCCCCUGAGGCCACUGUGGCAAAGUCUCACAAAGUGCCCCUCCUGCUAUCCAGACACAAGUAUAUGCUGAGAAUAAACAUUUUUGAGUAUGGA